AUGGAAUUGUUCUUCGAAGUUCUCCGCGAAAAGACCCACAUCAUGGCCGAUGUGCGGGAGAACGGGACCGUUGCGGAUAUCAAGCAGAUCAUUGCGGGUGUAAUGCAGCGACCAGUGGCCGAGAUAACGCUGAAAAAGAGCAGAGGAGCACAGUUAACGGAUUGGGAAACGAUUAGUGAUGAGAAGGCACUGGUCGACCUAGGAUUCACCCAGAAGAAUGCCAAACCAGACGACCCAGCUAUACUAGUGUUUCUAUUACCAGGUAAGGAGGUUUUAUCGGAAGUGGAAGAGUUUUGGAUCGGCUUUACACCAUGUAAAAAUUGAGCUUUUGAUAUUAGACAUCUAGCACAAUAUAAACUUUUAUUUAUUUCGGAGUUUAUUUAUUCGUAUUUUAGAAGACGGCGGUCGUGUAAACAUAACUCCGCUCUCAACUCCCCCUCCGCUCCCCGAGGCUAUGCAACACAGCGAAAUGAACGUGGACUAA